AUGGGGACUGUGAAGAGACCCCUGGUGGCAUGUCUUGUGGGUGUCUAUGGUUGCCCCCUGGCCAAAAAGAGGAAGACCCAGGAGAAACAGCCUCUGGAGCCUGCCCCCAAGAGGAGGCCCUUCUUAACCCCUCCCAACCCAGAGGAGGACACUGUUGCCAUCUUCCCCUGCUAUGAACCUGAACCCAUGGAUGAGAGGGAGGAGAAGGAGCAGGGGGAGUUAGAGGGGGAGAUCCAGGAGGAAGGGGAAGAGGAGGAAGGUGAGGGAGAGGAAGAGGGAGAAGAGAUGGAGGAGGAGGAAGGAUUUUCGGAGGAUAACGAGGAGCAAGGUGAUGAGGAAGGGGAAGAGGAGGAAGAGGAGGAAGAGGUGGAGAGGGAGAGAGCGGUAGUAGGGCCAGUAGAGGUAGAACAGGUGGAGGAUGGGAUAGAGGAAGACGAGGAAGCAGAGGAUGGGGAUGAUGAAGAGCAAGAAGAAGAGGAGGAGCAAGAGGAGGAGGAGUAUGAGGGUGAUGAAGAUGAACAUGAGGAAGAAGAGGAGGAAGAAGUGCACCAUGAGCCAGGGAACCGCUACAAAAAUAGUGGACAAUCAAGGCAUCACUCAAUGGGACAGAAGGACAACAACAACAACAACAGCGGCCCCGGUCCAAACAUCGGCCCUAACGGGGAAGAGUAUGAAAACUAUGAUGAGCUGGUGGCCAAGUCCCUUCUCAACCUGGGGAAGAUAGCAGAGGACGCUGCCUACCAGGCCAUGACCGAGUCAGAGAUGAACAGCAACUCCUCCAACAGUGCCGGCGAGGACGAUGAUGAUGAUGAGGAAGAGAGUAGCGAGCGUGGCGGGAGCAGGAAGGGCGAGUUGAGCGUGGACCUGGACAGUGACGUGGUCAGGGAGACAGUGGAUUCACUCAAGCUGUUGGCGCAGGGCCACGGUGCCAUGUUGCCUGAAGAUGGCUGCCUAGAAGGGAUGGAUGACGGCGAGCAUCCCAACGGGCGGUCCCACCAUCAUGGGGUCAGGGGUCAGGCUGAGGAGAGCGAAGAGGAGGUGUGUCUCAACAGCCUGGAGUGUCUGAGGAACCAGUGCUUUGACCUGGCCCGCAAGCUAAACGAGACGUCUCCAUCUGACCGCCCUGGACACCCGGGCCUGCACCACUACCAGGCACAUCAGAACCACCACCCUCACCAUCCCCACCACCACCUACUGCACCAAACCGACCACCAGCACCAUCAGGCUCAGCACCAGCCUCAGGACCACCACCACUUGCCCAGGUACGAGAGCUGCCAGCAGGGCCAGCAGCCAGACGAGCGUGGGUCCCUGGAGCGCAACUACUCAGACAUGGUCAACCUAAUGAAGCUGGAGGAGCAGCUGAGCCCGGCCUCAAGGACGGGCUACUCGGCCAGCUGCCACCAGGACGGGGAUGAGGACACCACAUCGGUGGCCUCGGAUCGCUCGGAAGAGGCCUUCGACAUGACAAAAGGCAACCUGUCCCUGCUGGAGAAGGCCAUUGCUAUGGAGUCGGAGCGAGCCAAGGUCAUGAGGGACCGCAUGGCCUUGGAGGGACAUCAUGCAGUGGUCCGGAGGGACAAUCAUAAUCACCACCAUCGCGGCGAGCACAGCCCCCGACAGAGCAGCGGGGCUGAGGAGCGCAAGUCCAGAAUGCACCACGACGGGUCAAAGAGAGCAUACUACCCUAAAGAUGCAGACCGUGGGGACAAGAAGGAGAGUAAGUGUCCAACCCCGGGCUGUGAUGGGACAGGCCACGUCACGGGUCUCUACCCCCACCACAGGAGCCUGUCAGGCUGCCCCCACAAGGACAGGGUGCCACCAGAAAUUCUUGCAAUGUAUGAAAAUGUUCUAAAGUGCCCUACUCCUGGCUGCUCGGGGCGUGGCCAUGUCAAUAGCAACAGGAACUCCCACCGCAGUCUCUCGGGGUGCCCCAUCGCCGCUGCAGAGAAGAUGGUUAAAGUCCAGGAGAAGCACAUCCCAUGUGACGGGGGCCCCAAGUCCAGCCAGGCUUCAGAUCGUGUGCUGAGGCCAAUGUGCUUUGUGAAACAGCUGGAGAUCCCACAGUACGGUUACAAAAAUAACGUGUCCACCAGCACGCCGCGCUCCAACCUGGCCAAGGAGCUGGAGAAGUACUCCAAGACCAGCUUCGACUACGGCCAAGGCUACGACAGCCAGCACCACGUCUACAGCAGGGGGAAGACAGGCCUGGCCCCCAAGGCCCACGGACGUGACACGGACACCUCACCCAAGGGAUAUGAUGCCAAGCACUACUGUAAGAGCCCAGCCAGCAGCACGACUAGCAGCUAUGCUCCCAGCAGCACGACGAGCAGAUACGCUCCCAGCAGCACGACGAGCAGAUACGCUCCCAGCAGCAGCAGUCUGAGCUGCGGAGGGGGAGGAGGAGGGGGCGGCAGCAGCGCCAGCAGCACCUGCAGUAAGAGCAGCUUUGACUACACACAGGAUACAGAGGCUGCUCACAUGGCUGCGACGGCCAUCCUCAACCUGUCCACGCGCUGCAGGGAGAUGCCUCACGGCCUGGGAGGCAAGCCCCAGGAUCUCCUCUCCCAGAGUCCUGAUGGUGACAUGGAUGACAGCAGUACUCUUGACCUGAGUGUGAGCCGGGGGCAGCCGGGGGGUCCGGAGGGGAGUGGCACGGUGUUGACCCCCCUGCAGCCCAUGUCCACCCAGCGCCAGGCCCUGCUCAACAGCAGCCGCUGCUACCAGAUGAGUGAGGCCGACUGCUGGGACCUGCCCGUGGACUACACCAAGAUCAAGCGCAUCACCGACGACGAUCACAAAGAGUCUUCUUUUCUUUCAUCCCUCCACCAGGAGGAGGACCUGGACCCGUUCCAGGACCUUCUAGACGAGCAUCACUACGGAGGGGACGUGACCAUGCCCAGCCCAAAACACAAGUACGCCCCCUGCAAGGAGGGCAAGGAGGAGCUCAUCACUCUCUCCAGCUACCAGCUAGCUGACAAAAGCAUCUGCAGUAUGAUGAUGACCAAUGCGCAAGACCUCAAGUGUCCCACUCCAGGAUGUGACGGGUCUGGACACAUCACUGGGAACUACGCCUCGCACAGGAGACCUUUCCCCUCUAGUCUGUCAGGCUGUCCACGGGCCAAGAAGAGCGGGAUCAAGAUACUGCACAGCAAGGAGGACAAGGACGACCAGGAGCCAAUCAGGUGUCCUGUCCCAGGCUGCGACGGACAGGGUCAUGUGACGGGGAAGUAUGCGUCCCACCGCAGUGCGUCAGGCUGCCCCCUGGCGGCCAAACGGCAGAAGGAUGGCUACGUUAACGGCUCCCAGUUUGCCUGGAAGUCCGGGAAGACAGAUGGCAUGUCGUGCCCAACCCCGGGCUGCGAUGGAUCGGGACAUGUCAGUGGGAGCUUCCUGACACAUCGGAGUCUCUCCGGCUGUCCCCGUGCCACCUCAGCCAUGAAGAAAGCCAGAAUGACAGGAGUUGAAAUGUUGACAAUCAAGCAACGGACAAGCAAAGGAAUAGAAAAAGAUGAGGAAAUCAAACAGCUGGAUGAAGAAAUCAAAGAUCUAAACGAAUCAAACAAUCAAGUGGAAUCAGACAUGAUUAAACUUAGGACACAAAUCACCACUAUGGAGACUAACCUGAAGUCCAUAGAGGACGAGAACAAAGUGAUUGAGCAGCAGAAUGACUCCUUACUGCACGAGCUAGCCAACCUCAGCCACUCUCUCAUCAACAGCUUAGCUAAUAUCCAGCUCCCACAUAUGAAACCGAUGCCACAGAAAGAGGCCCCAGUUAAACAUAGCUGCUGUUUACAGAUGCCCCACAGAGAGCCAAUGAAUGAACAAAAUUUUGACACUUAUGUGAGUACUUUGACAGACAUGUACACCCAUCAGGACCAAUACCAGAGUCCAGAGAACAAGGAACUAUUGGAGAACAUCAAACAAGCGGUGCAAGGCAUCCAAGUGUAGUAGCCUAUCUUCUGGCCAAAAGGCCCAGUCUGAGGCCAAAUCAAAUGAUGUUAAAGCAACAAAUAAAAGUCAAAAGAGAAUGGAUUAUGAUUGUUGCUGCUGUAAUUUACCGUAGUAUUUCUUUUAUUCAUUAUGCUGUAAUGCUCUGAGCUCCAUUGUAAUGGCUUUUCUGCCUUGCUUUAAAAAUAGUUCCCAAUGGCAAAAGUUUCAAAGAACAUUCACGUUUUGUACAUUUUCAUAUGACCUAAUAUAAUGUGAUGUACUGUUUAUAGCUGCUAAUGUAUGCACAUUUUAGUGUAUAUGUAUUUAUUAAUUGUAAGCUUGUAUCAUUCAUUAUUUUAACGAUAUUGAUAAAAAGGACAAAACUGAGUGCCACAGGUGGGGAGCCAGAUGAGGGCAAUGUGAGGACCAAUCAGAACUGAGUGCCACGGGUAGGGAGCCAGAUGAGGGCAAUGUGAAGACCAAUCAGAACUGAGUGCCACGGGUGGGGAGCCAAAUGAAGACAAUGUGAGGACCAAUCAUUUUUAGAUAAGCUUUUCUCUAAGUAUGUCAUAGAAAACAAAAAUGACCUUUGGUGUGAAGAUUGUUUAAUGGAUGUAAAUGUAUUGAUUUUUGUAACAAUGUUUGAAAAACUCUUUGUCUUCAGUGGUCUAUGUGAACACUAAUAAUAAUGUCUGUGUUUAAAUCAAGUUUAAGAAAAAAACAUGUAUAAAUAUGACACAUUUUAAACAUCAUGACACGGAAACUGCUAACUGGUCCAACUCCCAUAACCUAAAAUGACUAUACUUCAUUUACUUACAAAUAAAACGUCUUAGUAAUCUGUGUUGUUAAAAACACACAGUUAGAUGUCCAACUCCCAUAACCUAGAAUGACUAUACUUCAUUUAGUUGGAAAUAAAACGUCUUAGUAAUCUGUGUUGUUAAAAACACACAGUUAGAUGUCUAACUCCCAUAACCUAGAAUGACUAUACUUCAUUUAGUUAGAAAUAAAACGUCUUAGUAAUCUGUGUUGUUAAAAACACACAGUUAGAUGUCUAACUCCCAUAACCUAGAAUGACUAUACUUCAUUUAGUUAGAAAUAAAACGUCUUAGUAAUCUGUGUUGUUAAAAACACAGAGCGAGAUGUCCAACGACCAAUGGCUAUGGAAAAUAUAAAGGAGACAAUCUAGCAUUACUAAUUUAUAUGAAUUCUAUUGAAUACUUAGUAGGACCACUUAUCAGCAAUAUUGGUAUAACAAUGAUUACAUCACUUGUUUAGAUAUGGGAUGCAAUCGAUAUAGAAAAAGUUUGGGUAUAUGCAAUUUCUUGUAAAUGAAAUUAUAGCUGAUAAAACUCUUUUUACUAACAAUGUAAAUGUAUUAAGUUUUGUAUAAAUCUUUUAAUACAAUCAUGUUUUAGAAAUUCAACAUGGGGAGAUCAGUUCCAAAAUGAACGAUGGAUGAGUUAAUGAGUUUCGUUCUUUUCAUGUUACAUUUUGCACAGGGACACCUUUGUUUCCAUGUUUUGAUGUUUUGAUUGAAACUUAAAGAGGUACUUGAAAGCUCAAAUUGAUGGUCAGAGGUUUUGUAGAAAAGUUAUCUUUACAACGGUUGAUUGAUGCGCUCGACUUACAGGGUCAACGUCCUUCAUUAAUCAUAGUAUAUUAUUGCACUUGUUCAGUUGAAAUGUCUUUGCGAUCAUGCAUCUAUGUGUCUGAGCCACAACACAUUACGUCAGAUAAAAACUGCUCUUUGAUUCAGUCCUAAAAGUGGAUAUAUUGGUAAAAAAAACAUGUUAUUGAUAUCCAUUAUAACAGCAAAGAAUGCUAACCAACAACAGUGACAUUGGUAAUAGUGGUCCAUGAUUGUUUCUAUGAUUGAUGACAAUUUCAUGAGUAAAUUGCAAUCACUUUCUAUGAGACACCCUUAACACAUGUAUUCAUAGUACGUAAAGGCCCAAUGCAGUCAAAAACAUGAUUUUUCUGUGUUUCAUAUAUAUUUCCGCACAAUGAGUUUGGAAUAAUACCGUGAAAUUGUGAAAAUUAUGAUAAUGCCCUUUUCGUGUAAGAGCUGUUUUAAAAGACUGCCUGAAAUGUCUGCUUGUUUUGGUGGGAUGGGAGUUUUGGCUGUAAAUUAGUUAAAAGACUAAUAAGAAAGCGAGUUCCAAAUCUCUCUGCCAAUAACAGCUAGUUUUCAGUUUUCCCUUCCCCACUCAGACCACUCCCAGACAGUCCAAGAAAAAUUAUUGCUUGAGAAAUUGCUCUUUGCUGAGAAGCUAUUUUUGUUUAUUUUUGACCAUUUUAAUUGAAAACAAUCACAGUAACCUACUUGUUUCCCAGAAAGGAUUUGAUAUUGAGAUAAAAACAGCUGAAUUGGACCUUUAAAAACACCAUUAUAAUGCAAUGUAAGUGUCAAUGUCAGCCCCCUAUAAUGCCGUUAUCUUUUAAACAUCAGCCAACUGCAGUAAUCUACCCUUACAUAGUAUGUACUUGUUACUAAUUCAAUUUCCUCUACAAAUUGGCAUAACCAUGCGACUUGCACUUGCUGAAGAUGACUCUACUAAUGGAUUAUAAAUGUGUUCUUAAUACAGUUUAUCGUGCAUGCACUUCAUGCGAGUAUGAAUAUGGGUAAACAGAGAGAAUGGUUCACGUAAGACAUAUGUGGAAGUAAGUUUGUGUGUGGAGUCAACGAGACAGAGCUCCGUGAGUCAAGUUCACUUCAGACAUCCCUUUUUGAUAGUCAACCUGAGGGUGCUAUUGUCAUUGACCUGAUCUCACUGGUGGAAUGUGGACUUCUACUAGACUAGAGGUCCACAUUCCAUAUGACUCCUCAUGUCCGUGUCUAAAGCUUUGUGUCAGCAGCUUAUUGCCAAUAUAGCAAAGCUUUAGACAGAUCGACAGCUUCUACUAUUUUUCUUUAGUCAAUUAUUCUUACUGAUACAAAGGAAAUGGGAAUUUUAAGCACAAAUCUGCUGCUCACCAACAGUCAGUUCAUAUUGUAAUAUCAAAUGUUAAAGUUUAUCUGUAAUUAUUUACAUACAGAACACUAACAUGUCACAUGCUAGAAUGCAGAAUAAUUUUCGUAUGAAUAUUUGGGAAUUUGUGAAUUUAUUAAACUGCUACAAUUAUAAUUUAUUUUGAGUAAUGCUUUGAUGAAAAUGAUUUUAUACUAAAUGUAUUUCCUUCUCUCCUUUCCCCUGCCCCUUCUUGCAAACUUUCCAACUUCAUUUUGGUACUACAUGGCAUGAUUUGUGUUGAUCUAUCAUUUUUGUUGUAUAUGUUAAAAAUCACAAGUUGCUAUGAUAUUUCAUUUGAAAUUGUGACGUUUGUACGAUUUUUAUCAUGCUGGUGUUAACAUCUCUUACUCUGAAUAAAA